AAGUGCGACUUUUUAGCCGGUCGCGCCCGCAGCAAGCAGCGCUUCGGCGCCCGUCUCCCUUUAGGAUGAUGAGGAACUUUGGCGGCCCUAAAAGCACGCGGCGCCGCGGCGAAGCGCUUCCACGACACCUCCGGGAAGAAGGAGCCGGUUUUAACAUGAAAAUGAGAUUGCAGCCGGUGAGCAGCAGGAGGAGCAGCAGCGGCAGCAGCACAGCUGGAGCACCCCGAGUAGUGAGUAGCGGCCCCGGGAGGAGUUUGAGCCGGCUGGCGCAGCGGCCGACACUGGCUCCAAGGCCCCUGACCCGGAUGAUUCUGGAGAUGUCACCCCUCGCCUCGCCGCAGGUCGUCCCGACUCGACCUUGUACCCCAAAUUAUGCGGCGUCCUCCUGGUUCCCUUAUCGCCACCAGGGCGUCCCCGGGUCGGCCCUGGGCGCGCUCCCGGGCGACAAAAAGGAGCGGCGGCGCGGCGAGGUGCUUCACUUGUCCUCCAGUGGCGCGCGGACCAGGACGACACGCCGGCCCGCGCUCCUGGGCCGCGAAGGGACAGCGCCGCACGACCACGUCACGGACCAGGUUUCCCAAAGCAAGCACGCAAACAUCAUGUCAAUUUCUUUACACGGGAUAUGUGGUCGUGCGAGAAAAACAAUAAUCGAGUGAAGGAGAAGAAGAGAAGAAAGACUGUUGCGCUGGGACGGCGACUAGGGCAGGGUGGGGCGAUGACCCCCGAGUAGCUCCAGCCGCUCCGCCCCGACGACCUGUCGCCGCCGCCAUGUCGGGGGUGUGUCACGCCUGCGUCAUGCUGGCCGUGCUGGCCGCGAGGGGUAUCGCCGCGACGCCCGGCAGCGCGGCGCCGCGGAGUAUCGCCCUCACCCCGCGGCCCGGCGCCGCGCGCCAGCUCGGGCCGCCCGCCCCGACGCCCGCGCCCACCACGGCGUCCUCCUCCAGCUUCGCCCUGGACGACUCGAGAGGGAGGCUCGGCCACGACGAGGAGGUGCCGGAGGAGCAGCAGCUCGGCGCCGAGGACCCCGGGAUCAUCCGCACCAUCACGACGCAGGUCCGCCUGUUCCUGGCGUGCGUCCCGCGCUGGGGGCCCGUGUCGUGCCUCAAGCUCGAGGCGCUGCUCGUGCUGCACGGAGAGCCGGGUGACUCCGUGGAAGGUUUCGUGGACGGCCCGGACGCGGCGAGCCGACGGGGCUCCUUCUUCUCGGAGCUCUCGGAGCGGCCCGAGGCCAGGGACGCCUACCUCAACAAGAUGCUGCUGCAGGCCGUGGAGGACCUGCUGGACGACGCGCUCGGCCUCUCCAGGGGCCAGGCGGAGCGAGGCAUGCGCCGCAAAGGCCGGCGGUGGCCCAACCCGCUGCUCGCCGUCAUGUUCGGGCUGGGCUCGCUCAUCGUGGUGGGCGGCAUCGCCAAGACGGCCAUGAUCGCCGGCAAGGCGCUGGCGCUGUCGCUGCUCGCGCUCGCGCUGGCCGUCAUGAUGGGGCUGCGGGGCGGAGGCGGCGGCGGCGGGGGCGGCGCCGCCAACUACGAGAUCCUAGCGACGGGCAUCCGACGGCGCACCGGGCUGAGCGGCGCGGUGCAGUACCCCGUGUACGUGGACGCCGCGGAGCAGCCGGCAAGCGCGGGAGGCGGCCAGAGCCUCGCUUACAGUGGCCACCACACCAGGCCCUGAUGCGGGGGUGUGUAGUUGGCAGCCGAAAACGGGAGAAAAAAAAUAGAUUGAAUUUGUGUGUUCCUUUUAUGAUUAAGUCAACUUUGUGCUAGUUCGAAGCGGGGUGGUGUCCUCCCUCUUCCUUAGCCGUUCCUCACAUUUAUUUUCCAUUCUUAUGUUGACUGGGCGAGAACAGAGCAAUUUUAUGACACAUUCUUGCCCAGUGAACGUGUUGAGGUACUAAUUUAUUUCCAUGAUCUCUUUUCUAUUUUUACCUCCUUCUCUUUUAUAUUUGUUGGUACUCUGUGGGCUCAGCUGUGAAUGUGAGUAGAGCGACUAAGAGGACACCCCCAAAGAUUCAAGGAUAUUUCCACUAACACAACGAAAAUGAAGAACAGAAAUCUUUUGUUCGAAAAAGCAGACAAUCAUGACUGCAUGCGACGAGUUCUUUCUCGUUGGGGUCUAGUGGAAUACCCUUAUCACCCAUAUUUUUCACAUCAUGUUCCUGUGUGCAAUCAUUGUGAUUUCCAAACUGUGAAUCUAUACUUAGCCACUAAGGACAGUCAUUGUCAGCGUGACAAACUCCUAGAUUUUGUAAGGUAUUUAUUUCGUAUUUAUAAUGUCAUAAUUUAUGUCAAUAAAUUUACGGACUUUACGCGACCUGUCA